UAGUUUUUGUUUUGUUUUGUUUUGUUUUUUUAAAGCUUCCAGGGAUAUUCUGUGUGCCGUCAGAGUUGAGAACUACCGUUCUAGAGCAUUAUACCGAUACAUUAAAACGUGGCUACAAAUACGGUUUUAGAAACAAUUAGUGCGACUUUUGCGCAUGCCCACAUCCUUUACAGCCUGUGUGGCUGGGCCCACUGAUGUCAUUUAUCCAGUCCCUCAAACUUGCACUGUCCUUCCACAAUCAGUGGGAGAAACAACCCUAACGUCCCUUUCUCUCCCUUGAAAUGAACUGCUAGCUGGCUCGGAGGGUGAGGCCCAGAGUCCAAGUCUGCGGUCUGUGUGGGGCUCUAGGCUCUAAGGAGGCGCCCAGGUCCCUAGAAGGCGGCGCCGGGUGAGGCAAUCCUGGACGCGGGUCGGGACCUGCCCGCAGCUACGCUGGGACGAGGAACCCAGAGCCAGUCCCGCGGCGCGGCAAGCGGCCGGGCGCUAAGGACUACAUUUCCCACAAUGCACUCCGGGGGCGGGCCGGGUCGGGCUGUGCGGCUGGAGCUGGGCCUUGGCUGCGAGAGGCCGGAGAAAGCUGUCUUCCUGCACUGGCGGCCGGCUGAGGGCGGUGGGAGGGCGCGGUGCCUGCGCUGUGGCCAUGUCUGUGUACGCAGGGGGCCGGGGCCCCGCGAAGCUGUGCCCUCAGGCCGGGCCCAGCCGGACACCCUUACCCCCCCAGGGCUCUGGCAGAGGGCAGUGACCGGCACCUUCUGUGCGUCCUGGGCCCCUCUGAGAAACAGGGUCUUGCUCUGGCACCCAAGCUGGAGUGCAGUGGUGCGAUCUUGGCUCGCUGCAACCUCUGCCUCCCGGGUUCAAGUGAUUCUCAUGCCUCAGCCUCCCGAGCAGUUGGGAUUACAGGCGCCCACCACGACACCUAGGAGAACCCAAAGGAUGGCUGCUGACAUGCAAAGGAAGAGAAGCAGUGAAUGCCCUGAUGGCACAUUGACUCCUUCUGAUGGACACAGUGUGGAGAGAGCUGAGAGCCCCACACCAGGACUGGCCCAGGGAAUGGAGCCAGGUGCUGGGCAGGAGGGUGCCAUGUUCGUCCAUGCCCGUUCCUACGAGGACCUGACUGAGUCAGAGGAUGGGGCAGCUUCUGGGGACAGCCCCAAGGAGGGUGCCAGGGGUCCCCCGCCGCUGCCUGCAGACAUGCGUCAGAUCAGCCAGGACUUUAGCGAGCUAAGCACCCAGCUGACGGGUGUGGCCCGGGACCUGCAGGAGGAGAUGCUGCCAGGAAGCUCUGAGGAUUGGCUGGACCCCCCAGGGGCAGUUGGCCGACCAGCCACAGAGCCCCCCAGGGAGGGCACAGCCGAGGGGGAUGAGGAGGAUGCCACGGAGGCAUGGCGCCUGCACCAGAAGCAUGUCUUUGUGCUGAGUGAGGCAGGGAAGCCUGUGUACUCCCGCUAUGGGUCUGAGGAGGCACUUUCCAGCACUAUGGGUGUUAUGGUGGCCCUGGUGUCCUUCCUGGAGGCAGACAAGAACGCCAUCCGCUCCAUCCAUGCAGAUGGCUACAAGGUAGUAUUCGUGCGCCGGAGCCCGCUGGUGCUAGUGGCAGUGGCUCGCACACGGCAGUCGGCACAAGAGCUGGCGCAGGAGCUGCUCUACAUCUACUAUCAGAUCCUGAGCCUUCUUACCGGUGCGCAGCUGAGCCACAUCUUCCAGCAGAAGCAGAACUAUGACCUACGGCGCCUGCUCUCGGGCUCAGAACGCAUCACCGACAACCUGUUGCAGCUCAUGGCACGAGACCCCAGCUUCCUGAUGGGGGCGGCACGGUGCCUGCCCCUCGCAGCAGCCGUGCGCGAUACUGUGAGUGCCAGCCUACAGCAGGCACGGGCGCGCAGCCUGGUCUUCUCCAUCCUGCUGGCCCGCAACCAGCUCGUGGCACUUGUGCGCCGAAAGGACCAAUUUCUGCACCCCAUCGACCUGCACCUGCUUUUCAACCUCAUUAGUUCCUCCUCGUCCUUCCGCGAGGGCGAGGCCUGGACGCCCGUGUGCCUGCCCAAAUUCAACGCAGCCGGCUUCUUCCAUGCACAUAUCUCUUACCUAGAGCCUGACACCGACCUCUGCCUGCUGUUUGUCUCCACUGACCGUGAGGACUUCUUUGCAGUCUCUGACUGCCGCCGCCGCUUCCAGGAGCGCCUUCGCAAGCGUGGAGCCCACCUGGCCCUGCGAGAGGCGCUGCGCACACCCUACUACAGCGUUGCCCAAGUGGGCAUCCCUGACCUGCGUCACUUCCUCUAUAAGUCAAAGAGCUCGGGACUCUUCACCAGCCCUGAGAUUGAGGCCCCGUACACCAGUGAAGAGGAGCAGGAGCGGCUGCUGGGCCUCUACCAGUACCUGCACAGCCGUGCCCACAAUGCCUCUCGCCCACUCAAGACCAUUUACUACACGGGCCCCAACGAGAACCUCCUGGCCUGGGUGACAGGCGCCUUUGAGCUCUACAUGUGUUACAGCCCCCUGGGGACCAAGGCAUCAGCUGUCAGUGCCAUCCAUAAGCUGAUGCGCUGGAUCCGCAAAGAGGAAGACCGCCUCUUCAUUCUCACGCCCCUCACCUAUUGAUGGGAAUGUGUGCAGGCUCGGCCUUCCCAGGCACACUGGGUGUGGGAAGCCGUAGGAGCCUCCAGAUGGGGGCUGGCCUCUCUUGCCCAGCCAGCAGGCAGGGACUGUGGGUUGGUGAGUGCAUUAAAGUGCUUUGGGGAAGACA